CUUGCCUACAUUUAGCUCAGAGAGGGACCUACAUACCCCAGAAAGUGUGGGUGAGGCAUACGUAGCACUGUUGGACCUGCAGGCAGAUGGCUCUUCUUCAGGCCAAUAAGGAUCUCAUUUCUACAGGAAUGAAGGAAUUUAACGUUCUGCUGAAUCAACAGGUCUUCCCUAACCCUCCUGUCCCUGAAGAAGCCAUGGUGACGAUGGUGGAGGACUGGGUGAACUUCUACAUCAACUAUUACAGGACGCAGAUGGUGGGGGAGCAGCAAGAGCAGGAGAGCGCUCUGCGGGAACUCCAGCAAGAGCUAAAUGCUCUGUCCGCCCCUUUCCUGGUCAAGUAUAGGGCGUUCCUGAAGUCCUUUUGAGCACCCGCAUCACCCACUGCCCUUCUCCUGGCCCAAAUACCCAGGUCUGCCUCUAAAGAAACCCUUAAAUCCUGCCUCUGUGUUCUUCAAGUGCCCAGGCUCUGCUCCUUCGUGGGGCCACUCUACCCUGACACCUCAAUAAAGACCAGAUUGGUUUGCUGGUC